UGGUCAGGUCAACUUCCCCAUUCGCUUCAUUUCAUUCGAUGUGUGUGCACUGUGCUGAUAGCUUGUGAAUUUUUUGCCUGCACAGACUCUGAGUGAAACUUACAAACACACCGCUCUUCUCUGCACAUACUUCCUGUGUUCGUUUUGGCACAGCAAUGGCGAGCGGGAUAACUGCCAGAAUGGAAUGCUGGAGUGUGAAUCCUUCUCUCCUGAUACUCCUCACUGGGUUGUUACACACUGUCACAGCAGUAGAGAUAAAGCUGGACAUGGCUCCCGAUGCUGUAGAUGACACCUUCUCAGAGUGUCGUGACAAAAUGAUGCAGAACGUUACAGCACCAGGCGGCCUGUUGCAGGAAGAGCUUGAGGCUUCUAAGGAUUUUAAAGAAUUGUGGAGCCGUCACGGUGGAACUUGUCAGAAGCAAAUUUAUGGAGGGCAAGCACAUCACUUGGCUGCACUGCAGGCUUAUGGGAAUUCUAGAGAACAAUUCCGACAGAAGUUUAACGGACUUGUUCAGACCAAAGGCAGCAACUCCACAACAUACAUCAACGAAUUUCCCUUCAAGUCUCUUCACUUCCUGCUAACAGAUGCCUUACGACUUCUUAACCCUGGCAAAACAUGCUCCACCGUGUACUUUGGCACAAAAAAACAAUAUACAGCAGAAAACGGGACAGAGGUGCGUUUUGGGAGGUUCAUUGGUGCCAGUAUCCAUAAGAGCUAUGAAACUGAGCAAAUUGUCACAGAAGAAGAAGGCACACUGUUUAAAAUCAUGUCCUGUUCUGUGGUAAAUGUUGAGAACUACACGUGCAAUUCUGAGGAAAUUGAGCGGCUUAUUUCCCCAACUGAGGUCUUCAGAGUGCAGAACAUCGAGGCUGAUUCAACUGAAGAUGUUGACUAUAAAAUAAUAACUUUAACACAUUCACGCUUUCUGAGCAAUCAUGACUGCUACCUUUUUCCAAGGCCUCUUGGUGGAUCCUCCAAUCCAUUGCUGAGCUCUAUGGUUCUGGCACUGAUGCUGUCCUUUCUGAGUCUGUAUUACUGCACCAUUACACAUCCAUCUGUAUAAACACAAGCAACGACACCUGCAGAAUCACUAAAUUUACUAAUGGUAUCAUGGGCUACAUUAGUCAUCUUUAGUUUUCCAGGGCAAACAUGUUCUCUUGUUAUGAGAUCAAAGGAGGGGCAACAUGUUCAACUUUUAGCGCUGGACUGUGAAUUCCACCACUAAUAAGGAUAUGCCCCCUCCAAAACCCACCUCCAAAUUCCUCUAGUCUGUGCUUUGGAGAUAUUUUUGAAAAUACAUGCUUUUCUUUGUACAGCUAUGAUAUGUGUCUUAUGCCCUGUCAAUGUUUAUUUGAAGUUCCAUCAACGAAUUUUAAGGUGGCCUGACAACUAACUUUAAGUUACAAUACCAUUAUUACAGUGCUUUUUUGAAAGAGAGGAAACCCACACCAGCAGGAUCUCGCUGAUCCAUGCACGUGAAUGUCAAUGCAUGAGUUCAAUUAAAUGUUUGCUGAUAAAAAUGAAACCUUACUCCUGGUAUCUUAUAUAAAAAAAAAAACUUUGACACAUUUUAGUUUUUUGCCACAGUAUUUGAAAAUAAGUAUUUUUUCAUAGGCUUCCUUUUUAUGUUUUUUUUUUUGGAAAGGCCUUGCAUAGUUUGUUACUGUUCACUGAAUCCAAUUUUAGUUGUUUGGCUACACUAAUUACCUGAAUGGCCAAUGAAACAAUCAGUAUAAUGCUUAACUACUGAUAAAGUCAAUAAAUUGAUAGUGAGCACUUUCCAUGAACAGAGGUUUUUUUUGCCUUAAAACCCUUUAAAAGUUUAACUUUGUUCUUUGAUGUAUUAAUUAAAGGAAGUGCUAAGCCUUCAGAAAAUAUCAUUUUCCCAUCUCAGGUUGUUAAAACAGGUAUUACAUCAGCUGUUUUUUGGGGUUUUUUUUUUUUAAUAUUGAACAUUUUUUGCAGUGCUGCAACACAACUUUUAGCGAUAUGUAAUUUAAUAGGCUGUGUCUCCUGAACCCAUUUCUUUUUAGCAAGAAAUAAAUAACUGUUUAAAUUGCUUUUAGAACAUUUCAAAUAAAUAAUAAAAAUUUAAAGUUUUCA